AUGAUAGAUGUAUUAUCACAUCCAAUUAUGCCCUAUCGUCAAUGGCCGAUGGAUAAAUUUAUUCGUAUAUCGAUUUUAGUCAUGAUUAUGUUUAUAACUUUAGUUGGAAAUAUUUAUAUUAUAUUUAAAUUAUCCUAUCACCGUCAACGUCAUCGUACUCGUCUACAAAUAUUUAUACUUAAUUUAGCAAUCGGAGAUUUAGCAAUAUGUUAUUGUACAAUGACAUCGGAAUUAUUUCUUCUUAUUUACGAUCAACAAUGGAUAUUAGGGAACGUUGCAUGUAAAUUAAUACUCUAUAUUCAAGUUGUAACGCUUGCAUCAACAACAUUUAUUAAUGUUGCAAUGACCUAUGAUCGAUAUGAAGCAAUAUGUUGUCCAUUUCGAGCAUGCCAAUCUUCUGCUCGUAUAUGUUUCGUUAUAGCACUAUGUUGGUUGGGAUCAUGCAUAGUAGCUGUACCGCAAUUAUUUAUUUUCAAACGAAGUCUUUAUCCUGAAUCUUCAAAUAGAUAUCGUUGUGCAAGUACUGGUUAUACAGCUGAAUGGCAGCGUCGUGUUUAUUUUACAACAUUCGCUACUUAUGUUCUCAUUUUACCUGCUCUUUGUAUGACGGUAUGGUAUAUAAAAAUUAUACGUAUUAUUAGUGCAUCAAAGAAAAUAUGGGAACAAAAAGUCUAUAAUAAAACAGCAACAUCGUCAUCAGCACUUUUAACCUCUCCGACUAAAGUUAAAACAGUUAAAUUAGCGUUGACUAUCAUUGUUGUAUUUGUUGUUUGUUGGACGCCCUACAUGUGUAUAACAUUGAUUGAAAUUUAUUUUAAUGGUAGUUUUCAUAAACCGAUGUGGCUUGACGGAGUUUUACAAACCAUAUGCUUUAUUCAAAGUGGCCUGAAUCCAUUUAUUUAUAUAGCAUUCAAUCAAAGACGAGCGUAUAAUCCGGCGCUGAUACGUGCUGCUGCAUCAACAUUCUCACAAGCAUCUGAUCGAAUUACUCGAAGACAACAACGUGCACAAGAUGGAUCGAAAUUAUUUAGCUGA